AUGUUUACCAGAAAUUUAAGGGUCUUUUUUCGUCGUUAUUCACAAACUUGCACCUUCAGAACUUCAGAAUUGUCACCGGCACAACAUAGUGAAAAUCAAAUAGGUAUGUUUUAUACAAUAGAUAAAAAUCUAUGCAAGCAACUGUUCGGACACGGUGGAUUACCCAAAAGUUACAUGAAGCAGACGAAAACUUUUACAGAAACUACUUUAAUGGUCCGACUGCCAGCUCUUGAUAUAAUGAACUGCAUCAAGAACACGGACUUCGAUAAACCAGUCGUCAGAUAUGUGCUAUAUGGUGAAAAAGGUUCGGGCAAGUCACUCACGAUGGCCCACCUGUUACACUAUGCCCAUGAACAAGAAUUUCUUAUAGUUCAUGUUCCUUGGGUAUCGGAGUGGUUAAGAAGAGUACCACGUCACAAAGAGAUGGCUAACUCACCGACAAGAGAGGGCUUUGUAGACCUACCAUUGGACGCUGCAGCUUGGCUUCUACAUUUUAAGACACAGAACCAGACAUUACUGAAAAAUCCAGAUCUUAAAAUAUCCAAAGAGUAUACUUGGAGUAAAAGAGAGUCGACGGCUGAAGGGGCUCCUUUAUUAGAAUUAGUUGAGCUGGGCAUCGCUAGAGUUAAAUAUGCAUGUGACGUUAUUGAUGCACUUGUAUAUGAGAUUAAAUUGCUAUCAAACAAUAAACGCUGUAAAACAUUUGUAGCUAUAGAUGGGUUUAAUACUUUCUUCUAUCCUUUAACGAGACUGAGAACACCCACCAAGAGAACCGUGGCACCCGAAGAAGUUAGUUUAACCACAUCCUUCUUGACAUUGACCAAAAAUGACUGGACUAAUGGUGUUGUAGUGGUGACAGCCGACCAACUAGCGGUGCCCGAAGAUCACCAAGAGAGCUAUUUACCAAAAUAUCUUCUUUAUAAAAAGGGUUUCGAACACUUGGACCCGUUUGUGCCCAUUGAAGUCGGCAGAUACAGUGAACGAGAAUUCCUUACUUGUGCGAGUUACUACAGAGACAGGCUUUGGCUAAGAGGACCAUCGGAGUUAGAAGAUGAACUCAAGUUCACCAGCGCUUGUAAUCCAUAUAAAUUUAUGGAGCUCUGUGCCCCGUUAUAA